AACAUCCAUCCGACAUCCAGGCUGUCUCAGUCAUCUUAUUUUCUGUGUCUUUCCAAUCGCUUUCAUUCCGAUCUCGUCGAAGCUAAUUUACGUUGAUAUAUCCAGAUUCGAACGGAAAUUGUGACAGCUCCGAAAUCAUCCAAACAUUUCAUCGGGUCCAAGUGUUUCUCUGGCUGUAACGCGUACCGACCGAACUGCCUGCUGGAACUAAGCAUCCACUUUGUCAACGGCAAGUGGAGUGAGGCUGGCGAUUAAGAGACGAAAUUGCCUUUGCGUUCACGCUUUUUAGAAAACACGUUCGUGCCCGCGUCGCGUUAAAGACGCCAAACAAUCAAAGGAAAGGCUUAGUCUAACGGACACGUCGCGAUGGAAAACACUUUGCUAGUUUUUCCAUUUUCACGGCUGUAGAAUCCCUUCGACAAAAUGUGCUUUCGAAUUCUCACAGCGAAGGUGCUGUUGCUUUCUCUUCUGGUGUCGGCUAGCUCCAUCCGUUCCAAGGAUCUCGAAGAAGAUAGAAACGAGUCCGCGAGCGAGGAGGUGAAGCCGAUCGAACAGGAAUCCUUCGAGGAGACCUCGAGCGAAAACGAGUUCUCGUUGCAGUCGGCGACAACCACCGAGUACACGACCACGGUGGUAACCUACGGAAAGAUAAGGUCGUUCGUGGCUUCGCAGAAGAACGUCUCCGAGGUGUUCAGGCCCAGCGCUCCUCUGGGAGAGAUCAAAGAGUCGAGGAUCAACGGGAAUCCGUUCGAUAACGCGCAUCACGUCAAAUUCGAGAACGAUCACGACCCCAACUCUUAUCGCGAGCAACUUGAAAACUUCCAGCUGGUGAUCCAGCCUACGAGUCACUUGGAUCAAACCGGUCAACAUGGAAAUCUUCAUCAGAGUUUCUUCGGGACUGUUUCUGGGUCCUCGGAGGAGGGUAAAAAGGAAGGAGCGGAACAAACCGCGUACGUGACAUUUCAGACCGAUCCGAUCGGCACAUCUAUCCCGAUGAUCCAUUAUGGAUCGUUAAAGGAUCCACAGUUUCAUCAGCAGUUUGUUCAGUCGAUCGCGGAAAAUGUUGGAACGCAGCGAGAUCCGAUGGACCAAAAGGUCUUUGAAAAUCUGCAGAAACCGGUCUACGAACAGUACGCGCCCACCUUUUUUCAAAAACCGUCCAAGUUUCACAGCGAAACGCAGAAACACGAAUCGGGGAGCUUUGCGUCCGUCGAUCUUCCGAGCUCGCCGUAUUUUGCUGGAGCUUACGAUCACCAGAUCCAUCGGCCUGUUUCGCAUGACUUUGGUGUGCCGGCGCCGAACAAGCCGAUCAACGGAGUCGUUUAUGCACAAGAGUCGACUUUUAUGAGGACUAGAAAGUUUCCUUAUUCGUUUUACCAGCCAGCAGUUGGAUACAAUCAGAUAGAGUUCGUUAACAACGAUCAGCCGGUUUAUCCUGUUAGAAAGAGAGUUUCACCCUGGAAGAAGAUCUUGCAUUUAAUCGGUGCGUUUCUACCUUUUGGACUGCUCCUGGCGGCUCUAACGCCUACCGUCGUCAAGGUCAACAAUACAACAGAACCGAACAUCGUUCUUUCCAAGCUGAGGGUCGCCGACCUGCCGGUUGAACACAAACAGGCACGAUUCGUCGAGGAACCUCCAACGGUUUGCGAGGAGAGAUCCAUCUGCGAGCUGAUUUCUGUCGGCGACCAACCGGGUUCGAGCGUGUUGCAAAAUCUUCUGUGGAAUCUGGCUACCAGAACAUCGACGACAGUCGCUAAAGAGAAUGGUCUUCGAGACGUCUUCGAGGCGGUAAAGAAGAAGGAUUGCACAAAAGUUGCUUGCUGAUUGUUAACUCGAGAAUGUGGAAAGCAUGUCUACGACAAUGACAAUGGUUUCUCGGAGAAAAAAGUUACACGAGAAAACAAAUUUCUGGAGGAGUAAGGUCGAAAGCCCGACGUCUGUCCUGAACAUUUCUUUGCAUCGCGAACAAACAUUUUAUAUAUGAACGAGGAAGUGAAAGGACCAUCGAAAUCGUGGUACAAGAUUCUCAUCGUUCAUCAAGGACUUUGGAGCGUCGGCGUCGUACAGUUCAUCCUGAAAUUUUUGACUUUUUAAAAAUAGAAUGUCUUCGCAAAAGUGAUCGGAAGCUAUUUUAAAAACGACCAGAAGCCGGAUGAGAAGAUUAGUCGGGAAUUCUUCGAACGAGCCGUGUGUGUUUGGUAGCCGCAAGUGAAAGUAGUCACAGUGUACAAGUGGGUCGACGAUACUCUAUGUCGACUCGACCCAAGAAUUUAUGUCUCUGCGAUGAGAUACGGGUUAUCGGUGACUGCAACGAGCUUUCACGUACAUCUCGAGUACACGGUGCAUCUCGAAACCGGACGAGAUAUCGAUGCUGGCUCCUAUGAAAUCACUGUCUUAUUUGCAUUCGAGGUGAUUUCAAUGCCAACGUAGUAUGGAAAUAAAUAGUGCUCCUAAUUUAAUUUCUCAUUACUUCAAUUACUAACCGUCGAAGAAAAGUUUAAUUUAGAUCGAUAUCAAUUUUUGUAUAUCGAACGAAACAAUUUAUCCGAUACCGACAUGUAUUAGAAAAUGCGA